GCAGAAAUUGGCCCCAGCGGCUAAGAGCGCUAGGUUAAGACCUUUAAAGUUUAAAGUUGGAAACAUCAGGUGAGGUGGUGGCCUGAAGAACACCCCAAGCUUGAUAUGUGGAGUGGCUUCUCGUGUUUGAUUUCUUUUGCCUUAACCAGAACCUAUGUUGUAGAAAUUUAUGAAGGGAGACUGAUUACCCGUUUGUUUCCGCGUACGUUUCUGACAGAUGAUGGUCCGGAAGGCUUUUCUGCCUCUCUUGCUGAAAAAAAAACAAAAAAACAAAAAGGUUGGGAAAAGCCGAUUGGGAGCUCAUUCUCUUCACCAGGGCACUGUGAGUUACAAAUUUGUUAAAUAGCAUAAGUUUGCAAUUCCUUCCAGGUAACUUCUCUGAUUUGUUGGUGGGCAUUGGGCCGUGCUCAUCCUGCACACUUAUACUCGCAGAAUUUGAGCUUCCUAACUAUAACUAUUUCGGUAGGCUGCGAUGGUCAACCUUAGCUCGUAAAUGUCUUCAACGUGGUCGAAUAAUACAGAAUGACAUUUUGAUUUGUUUUUGGGUGUUGAACAUAUUCGACCACUUACAAAAACCUGGAUACGUGUUUAUAAAGCAUCAUAAGGUAGUUGAGGAAGAGGAGAAGGUAGACUUCAUGUGCAAGGGUAAAGUUAUCCUUCCCAACCAUGAGAAGGUUUGCAAUUUUCUGGGGACGGCUCCAAACAUGCUUGGCAUAGAUUCUUUGUUUCUUCACAGUAGUGAUUGAUGUUGCCAAGCUAGCCAUAUGCAAUGUUUCUGAGCAACUACCCUUGUAGCCAACUUUUUAAUGCAAUACUUGUAAAACACAAUGAUAUAUAAUGACGAUGAAGCAUCAAAAGUAUGAUGAAGGACAACAGAAAGCCCGUAUUACGGAGCGAAAGAAAAUUUGCAGGAGAUGGCCGGCCGGCCUCCUGCGCCUUCUGCAUGGGACGCCAUCGACGCACGCAUCAAUCGGUUGCUCACAGAGCUGGAUUCCCUGAACCAGCAGAUCUUGGACUAUAAUUUGAGACUCAGUGAGUUGGCCGAGCGUCUGCAAAGGUUGGUCUGGUCAGAACCCCCCUCAAACUUCUCUGAAAUGGAAAUGAGCAGCAGCAGAGAAGGCGCCAUUGCUGAGGAACAGGCAGUAGACACGUACUAUGCAGAUGUGCAAAGGAAGGUGCUGUCCAACGUCGAGGUGUCGAGACGGCUGAAAGAGAUGACAACGGUGAGUCAUGCGGUGGGUUGCAGCAGCGAGCAGGAGGAAUGGAUGUGUGCUGUGUGCAGGGAAGGGUGGGAGGUCGAAAGCAGCGGCGGCGGUGGUGAUGAAGUGAAGCUCUUGGCAUGUUCUCACAUGUAUCAUACCAUCUGCAUUGCGGCGUGGCUGGCUUAUAAGAACCUCUGCCCUCUCUGUCGAUCCUCUGUUUACUAGAACCUCCCUCUCUGUGUAGAGGUUUCAUGUCUCUAUGGGAUCAACACUGAUUAUCAAUAUCUAAAUAUCUUAUUUUAUUGGAAACCUUUUAGAUAUGGAAUCUAAGCCAAGGUUUUGAA